UUGCCGCUAGUUCAAUUAUUAUAGCCAUAAAGAUAUACAAUAAAUACAUGUCAAAUUCAAAUAAUUAAAUCAAUAAUAUUAACGUGUAUUUCCCGAUUAUUUAUUUAAUUACAAUAUUUUCAUUCUUUAAAAUCCAAACCCAAAACAAAAACCCUACAAAAAUGUAUUCUCUCAAUUCAAUACCCAUUUCUUCUUCUUCUUCCUUUUUCAAAAUCACAACCAAAAACUCACCAAUAAUCCAAUCAAUUUCCCCCAAUCCAAAACCAAUCAUGUCCAAUUCCCAAUCCAACGAUCACCAUCACUCCAACAACCUCACUCUCGACCGUCGAAAUCUCCUAAUCGGCGCCGGAACACUCUUCGCUACCUCAUCAUCAUCAUCACCGUCCCCAGCAGCAGCGGCUGAUUACCCGAUCAAGCUAGACGGAGCUGUCAAGCGAGUGGUGAUCAGGCCACGAAAAUCGAGAACCAAGGCGGAGAAAGAAGACGAAGAAGAGGUUCUGGUGAUCGAAGGGAUCGAGUUCGAUCGAAGUCUUCCGGUGAAGUUUGACGUGUACGUGAACGACGUGGAUGACGUCAUGGGAGGACCUGAUACGGCGGAGUUCGCCGGGAGCUUUGCUAAUGUUCCGCAUGGGCAGAGGAGAGGAAGUAGUAAGACGAUGAAGACUGGUCUGAAUUUGGGGAUUUCCGAUCUGUUGGAGGAAGUGGGAGCAGAUGAUGAUGAUAGUGUGGUUGUCACUUUGGUACCUAAGUUUGGGAAAGGUCAAAUUACUGUUCAGGGCAUUGGGAUUAAGCUUCAAGGAUAAACGAGAUGAGGGUGUUUUUGUAAUUUCAGCUCUUUUACAAAGAUUUUUAUACUUGCUUUUGUGUUUUUUGUACUGUUAUUAUAUACACUCUAUAAGUAUACUGCUAAGUUUUUAUUUUA